CGUCUCUUCACUGUCAAAAUUCAUAAGUCACGGCCCAGCCCCACACGCGUUUCCCCUCUUCCUUCUGGCUCUUGCUCUCUUUUACUACUGAAAACUAGAACAACCUUUCCCGGUAAAAUCGAAAGGAAAAUCUGAUCGUUUGAGUUAGGGUUGGAAGGAAAUGUCACAGACAGGGAAAUUGAUGCCAAAUCUGGAUCAACAGAGCACUAAGAUGCUCAAUCUCACUGUACUCCAGCGAAUGGAUCCUUUCAUCGAAGAGAUUUUAAUCACAGCUGCGCAUGUCACUUUUUACGCUUUCAAUAUUGAAACCAAUCAGUGGAGCCGCAAGGAUGUUGAAGGAUCUCUCUUUGUAGUCAAGAGGAAUACUCAACCGCGGUUUCAGUUUAUUGUAAUGAACCGGCGAAACACAGAAAACUUAGUGGAGAAUUUAUUGGGGGAUUUUGAGUAUGAAGUUCAAGCUCCGUAUUUGUUGUAUCGGAAUCAAUCUCAAGAAGUUAAUGGUAUUUGGUUUUACAAUCGGCGUGAAUGUGAGGAUGUUGCCAACCUCUUUACUAGGAUCCUUAAUGCUUACUCAAAGGUUCCUGCAAAGCCAAAAGUAGCUUCAGGCAAAAGUGAAUAUGAGGAGCUUGAAGCAGUCCCAAAUAUGUCAGUGUUUGAAGGUCCCUUGGAACCAUCAUCAACUGCCUCUGCUGCCAACGAUAGCACUGAAGAUUCUUCGUUUGAGAACUUCUUUAGUACAGCCAUGAAUAUUGGAAGUACUGCUUCUAGUGUAGCAAAUUCAAGACAGCCAUAUCAGCCUUCUCCCACCAUUCCAUUAUCCUCCCAUACACCUAGUGUUGUUAUGCCCUCUCCACUAGUUCCACAAAUACCUUCUCUUCCUCUUUCAUCUUUAUCCACCUCAAAAACCAUUCAUGGCACUCCUGAUCCAAUCAGCAGUGGCAGUCAUGUCACUAAUCUUGUGAAGCCCUCAUUUUUUGCACCCCUUUCUUCCUCAUCUGUAUUGCUGCCACCCCCUAUCUCCUCGCCACUUACCAGUGCUCCUGCACUUCAGCCUCCCCUAAAUCUGCAACGACCAUAUGGCACUCCAAUGCUUCAACCCUUCCCACCUCCCACACCACCACCAUCUCUUACUCCUAGUUCAACUGCCACUACACCUCUUAUUAGCAGGGACAAAGUCCGUGAUGCACUUCUGAUGCUUAUUCAGGAUGAUCAAUUCAUUGACAUGUUUCAUCAAGCACUGCUGAAGGUGCACCAUCCAUGAGGUAUUGAAGAUACACGAUGACCUUCCCUUUGACAGAUGUGGCAAAUACAGAAUGGUUGUAACAUGAGUUCUCUGUACAGCUCUUGGUCCUUGGAAAUAAUGGGGGUAUAGCUCUGGGUUGGUCCAAAGGAAUGGGUUCUCUCGUUCAAUGUAAUGUUGUAACAGUAGGAAUAGAAAACGCCUCAGAGGUUGAGCAAAGAGCUUGUGAUGUCAGUUUCUUUAGGUUCUCUAGUAGGACUGUACUGGUUAUGUCUUGAUGUGUAGUAGUAAGCCAGCAAGGACAAGCUGUGAGAAAUGAAGUUUUCGACUUCCACGA